AUGAGAACGUCUUCGAAUAUUGAAACUACCAAAAAGAAACAACAAAGAAAUACGAAACACGCUAAAAUUACGAAACUUGUGAAAACUAAUACUAAGAACUCAUCAAAAAGUAGAAGUAAAGCCAAUAGUUUAAGCAAAUCGAUAACGUCGAUAAGUCCACCGACUUUGCAAAAGAAAAAGAAAAUUGCCAGGUUGACGAGAGAUAAAGAUGGAAAAUGGAAACGAAACUAUUCUGCAUAUGUUUCGUCGUCUAAAAUUAAAGAGCCAAUUUUGAAAGAUCAGAAGUGGUUUCGAAAUGGCGCUAUCGGUGCUGAUCAUUGCAUGGACAAAGGAAAAUCUGUGCACGCUCAGACUGUAUGCAUCCAAACAGACGACGACAGAGAAUUAAGAUUUUUGAUAACAUCGAAUCAAAACGUAGAAGUUUCAACACCAACAGAAGAAUUCCACGUUCAACCACUAGCGAAACUCGCACAAAACACUUUUAUGCCAAUCGGAUUCGAAAUCGCAGAAGAAAUUUUUUGUUAUUUAGAAGUUGAAGAUUUGAUGGCUGUCAGUCUUACCUACAAAGCCGUGUAUUACUUCAUUAAUUCAUCACAUAAUUUAUGGAAAAAUAUGUAUCAGAAAUUGGUGCCCGAAAAGAUGGAUCAAAUUAUGACGUCAUUAAUUACGUUUCAAACUUUGGUAAAUCUUCAACUGAAACCGGCAGUUGCAUGGAAAAGGCAAGUUUUCAGCAGACUUCGAUAUCGGCCGUUUUACAUUGCAUAUUCGUACUUGGACGAUCCUGAUGAUUUUACGUUAAUGUUUCAUGGAGCUUCUUAUGACUAUCCAACAGCAUAUCAAGAAGCUAUCGAUUAUGGUUUCUUCUUUCAUGGCUCUCCUAGCUCAUCAACGGUUGCAAAAUAUGUUGAACAUAAAGGACAAUCCUUCGAUCAGUUGCAGGAAGGAUUCGAUAAUUGGCGAAUAGCAGUUGAACAGAUAAAGCCGAACUUUAAGCAUCCUUUAAAAAUUAUCGACGGCGAUGAAUUAUAUCUUGUAUAUACUUAUUUAGAUGUUCAAGGAGGAUUUCAAUUCACGUUCGACAAGUUAUUUGAUGAUAAAAGAACCGCGAUCGAAUAUGCUACAGAAUUGGCAAACCUAGAAGAUAUGACAAGAGCCAUAUAUAUUGACCAUAAUGGCGAGUUAUUUGAUUCAAAGCAUCGAGAUGCUACUAACGCAAGGAUAGCGGUUGACGUGCUAAAAUUUUGGAGAAAACGAGAGAUUCCACAACUUGAUGAAUCAGAAGAAUCGGAAGUGUCGGAAACUAUGGUCGAUGACGAAAACGAAGAGACAGACGCUAAAGGAAAACUUGAAGAUUUUACUCAAAUAUGGCGAAGAGGUGAAAUACUUGAUCGUAAUGCUACAUGUGAUGA